GGUGGGGCGCUCCGCAGCGGGCUGGGCAGCGCGGCCGGGAGCGAAGUGAAUUUAUUGGACUCACGAUCAGUAAUGGGGGAUCUCGGAUGGAUUGCCUAUCCAAAGAAUGGGUGGGAAGAAAUUGGUGAGGUGGAUGAAAAUUAUGCUCCCAUCCACACGUAUCAAGUGUGCAGAGUGAUGGAGCAGAGUCAGAACAACUGGCUUCUGACAAGCUGGAUCUCCAACAGAGGGGCCUCUCGGAUCUUCAUUGAACUGAAAUUUACCCUUCGGGACUGUAACAGCCUUCCUGGAGGUCUUGGGACUUGCAAAGAGACUUUUAACAUGUACUAUUUUGAAUCUGACGAUGAAGAUGGGAGGAACGUGAAAGAAAACCAGUACAUCAAGAUCGACACCAUUGCAGCAGACGAGAGUUUUACGGAGUUAGACCUUGGAGACAGAGUCAUGAAGCUGAACACCGAGGUGAGAGACGUUGGCCCUCUGACCAAAAAGGGAUUUUACCUUGCUUUCCAGGAUGUGGGUGCCUGCAUUGCACUGGUGUCUGUGCGGGUGUAUUACAAAAAGUGCCCUGUGGUGGUUCGAAACCUGGCCAUCUUUCCUGACACCAUCACUGGAGCGGAUUCGUCACAGCUGCUGGAAGUCUUAGGGUCAUGCGUGAACCACUCAGUGACUGAUGAACCCCCAAGGAUGCACUGCAGUGCUGAAGGGGAAUGGUUGGUGCCCAUUGGAAAAUGCAUGUGUAAGGCAGGGUAUGAAGAGAAGAACAACACCUGUCAGGCCUGCCAGUCUGGAUUCUUUAAGGACUCACCCCCGAGUCAGAUGUGCACCAAAUGCCCUCCGCACAGUUACACGCGUGAAGAAGCCUCAACCUCCUGUGUUUGUGAAGAGCACUAUUUCCGAAAGGAAUCGGAUCCACCCACAGUAGCCUGCACAAGACCCCCCUCUGCUCCUCGGAGUGCCAUCUCAAAUGUUAACGAGACUAGUGUCUUUCUGGAAUGGAUUCCUCCUGCUGAUACUGGUGGAAGGAAAGAUGUGUCUUAUUAUAUUGCAUGCAAGAAGUGCAACUUGCACUCGGGUCUCUGUGAGGCAUGUGGCAGUCACGUCAGGUACCUUCCACAACAAAGCGGCCUGAAAAACACUUCUGUGAUGAUGGUGGACCUGCUGGCUCACACAAACUAUACCUUUGAAAUUGAGGCAGUGAAUGGUGUGUCCGACCAGAGUCCAGCUGCACGGCAAUUUGUGUCAGUCAAUGUAACCACAAACCAGGCAGCACCAUCUCCAAUUACAAAUGUGAAAAAAGGGAAAGUCGCCAAAAAUAGCAUCUCCCUCUCCUGGCAGGAGCCAGAACGACCCAAUGGCAUCAUCCUGGAGUAUGAAAUCAAAUAUUUUGAAAAGGAUCAAGAGACCAGCUAUACCAUCAUCAAAUCUAAGGAGACAAAAAUUACUGCAGAUGGCUUGAAACCCGCUUCAGCAUACGUCUUCCAGAUCCGAGCACGCACCGCAGCAGGGUAUGGUGGCUUCAGCCGAAGAUUUGAGUUUGAAACCAGCCCAGUCUCAGUAGCUGCAUCCAGCGAUCAGAGCCAGAUCCCUAUAAUUGCUGUGUCUGUAACAGUGGGAGUGAUUCUCUUGGCUGUUGUUAUCGGUUUCCUUCUCAGCGGAAGGCGGUGCGGCUACAGCAAAGCUAAACAAGACCCUGAAGAAGAAAAGAUGCAUUUCCAUAAUGGCCACAUUAAGCUACCUGGCGUGAGGACGUACAUCGACCCGCAUACCUAUGAAGACCCCAGUCAAGCUGUCCAUGAGUUUGCCAAAGAAAUAGAAGCCUCGUGUAUAUCAAUCGAAAGAGUUAUUGGAGCUGGUGAAUUUGGUGAAGUAUGCAGUGGGCGUUUGAAAGUGCCUGGGAAACGCGAGUUGCCAGUGGCCAUUAAAACCCUGAAAGUGGGUUACACGGAGAAGCAAAGGAGAGAUUUCUUGGGAGAAGCCAGCAUAAUGGGGCAGUUUGACCAUCCCAACAUAAUUCACCUGGAAGGCGUUGUCACAAAGAGUAAACCAGUCAUGAUUGUAACUGAAUACAUGGAGAAUGGAUCUUUGGAUACCUUUUUAAAGAAGAACGACGGGCAGUUCACCGUAAUUCAGCUGGUCGGCAUGCUUCGAGGGAUAGCAUCUGGAAUGAAGUACUUGUCCGACAUGGGCUACGUGCACCGAGACUUGGCGGCCAGAAAUAUCCUAAUCAACAGCAACUUAGUGUGUAAAGUGUCUGACUUUGGUCUCUCCAGAAUUCUUGAAGAUGAUCCUGAAGCUGCCUACACAACCAGAGGAGGGAAAAUCCCGAUCCGGUGGACAGCCCCAGAAGCGAUCGCCUUUCGCAAAUUCACCUCUGCCAGCGAUGUCUGGAGCUAUGGGAUUGUGAUGUGGGAAGUAGUGUCGUACGGGGAGAGACCUUACUGGGAGAUGACCAAUCAGGAUGUGAUUAAAGCUGUUGAAGAAGGGUAUCGCUUGCCAAGUCCCAUGGACUGCCCGGCUGCUCUGUAUCAGCUUAUGCUGGAUUGCUGGCAGAAGGACCGGAACAGCAGGCCCAAGUUUGAUGAAAUUGUCUGCAUGUUGGACAAGCUCAUCCGGAAUCCCAGCAGCCUGAAAACGUUGGUGAAUGCAUCAAGCAGAGUUUCAAAUUUAUUAGGUGAACACAGCCCACUGGGAAAUGGUGUCUACAGAUCUGUAGGUGAAUGGCUGGAAGCCAUCAAAAUGGGACGGUAUACAGAGAUUUUCAUGGAAAAUGGAUACAGUUCCAUGGACGCUGUGGCUCAGGUGACCUUGGAGGAUUUGAGGCGUCUUGGAGUCACACUUGUUGGGCACCAGAAGAAGAUAAUGAACAGCCUUCAAGAAAUGAAGGUCCAGCUGGUAAAUGGGAUGGUGCCAUUGUAACGUCUUAAAUUAUUCUUUUUUAAACUGUCACUUCUUCAAGUGAUUGACCUUGCACUUUGUAAACAUAGCGCUGAAACUUAUUUUAACACCAGAAAAAAAAACACACGUGAAAUUCAGUGGUUUCUAUAACACAACAGAAGGACACUGGC